CGGUGAGACACGUUCUCGUACUUUGCGCGUCGCGCGCUCGACGACCGACCAAGUAAUUACAGUGCCCUACAUUAUCGCCUCCGAUUAUGUUUCCGUGAUCAGUGAACAGUGCGACGGGCGAGACCGAUCCUUUGUGAGGAUCCGGCAUCGAUACAUGGAUACAUCGAGACGUGUCGAUAGCUCGAGAGCGCAUCUCGCUGAUCGUGGUCCAGGGUCGGGGAGAGGGGGGAGCGGUCCGGCUCUGCUCGGAUGAUCCACGAGAAACAAGAUGGCGUCGACCGAUCUCUCCUCCGGCUCGAUACCGGCCUUCUACAGGGAGGUCUACGAGAAGAUCUGCUCACCGGCUGGAGGGAACGUUGAGAGGGAAGUCUUCAAGUCUCUUCUCGUCAAGUCUCAACUCAGCAGCCCUGUACUCAGCCAGAUCUGGGAGCUGGUCGACAGCAAGAUGGGCUAUUUAACCAGGAGUGGCCUCUACAAGGGACUGGCCUUGGUCGCCUUCGCUCAGCAAGGGAAACAGCCGAGCGACAAACUCCUGGAGAACACGGAAUCUCAAGAACUGCCGGUCCCGGUUUUGGGCGACCUCUCGGAGGUGACUCUCCUGGCCCAGCGGAUGUACCGGAACACUAACCCGGCAAAACUGAAUCUCAGCUACCUGGAGAUCUGCAACCUGGACACCAUCGAGGUCAACCUGGUACCUGAGAAGAAGGGCAUCUUUUUGAAGCACGUGGAGUACCAGGUGGCCAGCAAGAGAUUCAACUCGGUGGUGUACCGACGUUACAACGACUUCGUCUCGCUGCACGAGCUACUUCUUGCGAGGUUCCCCUACAGGCUGAUACCGAAGCUGCCACCAAAGAAAAUCGUGGGAGCGGAUUCCCAGUUCCUGGAGGAGAGGAGGCGCUCGCUUCUGCGGUUCCUGACGCUGAUUGCCCGACACCCGGUGGUCAGCCAGGACCCCAUCGUGCAGUUCUUCUUCACGUACACCGGCGAGGAGACCCAGCACAAGAUUCGCGAGGUCUUCCGGCGAGUCCCGGACGAGUUCGCGACCUCGGAGCUGGCCUCCAGGGCGAAGGAGCUCGUGCCCGCGGAGACCCUGACCGAAUUCGCCAACAGCAGGGAUCAGAUCAAGGUGAUACUUGCCGGGAUCUCGCGGCUGAAGAACAUCGCCGACUGCCUGGCCAUCCGGUCUCAUGGAUACGCCGUCGACAUGGCCGAACUCGGCACCCAGCUGACGAAUCUGGCUGCCGAGUCGCACGGCAGCAGUUCCUGGGUCACCGGGGGCUCCACGAUCUGGCACGACAUGAAGAAGGGCUUCCACGUAAUCUCAAAGGAAUUCAGCCUGCUCUCGACGAGGGCUCUUCAGCAAGCCGUAAGGGAAGAGACCAUGGUGUGCGAGAGAUUGAACCUCCUCCUGGAUAUUCUGGUAGCGCAUAGGAUCCUCUGCGAGAGACACGAGCGAGGGGUCAGCGCGGACCACCAGCGAGCGUUGUCGACGAUGCUGGCCUUGAAGAAGAGGCAGAUGCAGGGCGUCAUCAGAGGGACCGACGCCGACACCGUGGAGUACCUGGAGAACAAGAUGGUCGCCCAGGAGUCCGUGAUCGCGAACGUCGAGCUGAGGAACUCCUUUUCCCUGCAUUGCCUGCACAUGGAGACUCAACUCGUCCAUGCACACCUGGAGAUCCUCGCGACGGUCCUGCAGAGCCUCGUCAGCGUCCAGAUAAGAGGACACUCCGAGCUGGCGGAGGUGUGGAAGCUGAUCGAGCCGACGAUCACGAAGUGCCUGCCCGAGAAGGCGGCGAGCGGGUCCAAUGGCAUCUCAUAGCGGAGGCGCAUCUCUUUAUUCGGGCAAUACUCACUCUUCUUUAACGAUUCGCGUCGAUACCACGGACAGUUUGUACAAAAUGUACAUGGUAUCCGCGCUUCUGAUUAAUCCGCUCUAGUUUGAACCAAUUGACCGAAAACGGGGAUUGUUGGUAUUUGCUCAUCGAGCAGUGAUAAUGCAUUCUUCAUGUCUGGAAAGCAAGAGCAGGAACCCGACCUAGGGGAUAUUCACUCGGAAAUCGGUUGCCUUCGAUUUUAUACGAUAAACGGCUACGUGAUUCGAUAACAAGUGACGAUCGGCCUUAUAAUAGUAACAAUGUUUAGAUGAUCUUUCACAAUUUCCACGUGAAUUCGGGAAUUAAAAUAUCCACGGUUUCCUGAGUGAGUAACCCCUUGACCCCGACCUCACAGGACGGGCCUCGAGGAAGAGAACAAAGACUUAUCGAGCUUGCGAAAUUAAUGUUCGUUUAUCUUCUACUUGUUCGCAUUGUCUUCGCCCCUUGUAUAUAGGGCGCACAUUCCAGAGAUUCGCGUAAACGCGAAAAAAGGGCUUUCGUUGUAUUGGGGUCCUUUUUAAGGAACUUCUUUCUGCAAAUUGGGCAGGGCGAAGGCUCCAGGCUUUCGGGGAGAUCCUGAAAGAUUCGGUGCAUCAUUCACUAAGUGGGCAUUCCUUGUUGUGUACUUAACAUUGUUUACGCCGAGGAAAAAAUCCUGGCUUUAAACUGGUUGCAUAAUCUUGUAAAUACUCGAAUGGAUGUACAUACGUUUAUUGAUAUCGGGUCUUGGAGACGGUAUCUAGGUGAUUGUUUAUGCAUGGAAACAAGUGCACUUAUUCCUUUUUAAAAGACAGUGACUUCCGGGAGUUGGAACGACUCGAGGGUACAUUUCCUCAGUCUGCGGAGAGUGGACGGGGCCUCUUGAGAAAUCAUUUAUUCGUUAUCCCCACGUUGAUCGUGGUCACUAUUAUAUUAUUGAUAUUAAUAUUAUUAUUAUUAUGUAUUUUACACACGUUAUGCGAUAGUUUACUCUUUGAUAAUACAAGAUAUCUGAGUUAACGAUAA